AUGUCCCAACUAAUGCAAGAUGUUCACAAAAACUUAGAGUACAAACCGGAUUGGAUGGGAGAUGAUGUGUGGAAGCAAUUAUCGGUACAUUGGAGUUCCUCUCAGUUCAAAAAAGCAUCUCAAACAAAUAAAAGGAAUCAUUGUUCUAUGGAUGGAAAAUCUCUUCACACCGGAGGAUCUAUUCCUCAUUGUUUGCAUUGGAAAAGAAUGAAAAAGGAAAAGAGUGUAGAUCCAUCAAUGACAGAGUUCUAUUUUCUCACACAUCAGAAAAAUGAUCAAAGUUGGGUAGGAGUUGUAGAAUCCACAUAUGAUAAAUUUGAACGCAAAAAAUUGGAAAUUUCUUCUCAAAACCUAACUAUUUCAGGAGAGGAAGAAGUUGAUAGUCAAUCAACUAUUGGAAUUCCAUCUGAUUUGGAUAUAUGGGUAGAGUCGGUUAAAAAGAAGAAAAAUGGGUUAUUUGGUCUUGAAACCGUUUACAAGACUUUGGUUUCAUUAUCAAAUAAACUCUGA